UUCUGUCAAGUCUACGCAUACAACUUGAUGCAGCGUUCCAUUGGAAAUGAAUGUACUUCUGGUGUUUCGAAACGCAAACACAGUCGGUGUGUUCGAAGCGUAACGAUGUGUACGUUAAACCUUUUGGCAGCUAUCUGACUCACAAAAAAAGCAAGCUUGGCUUUUGGCGUCACUCCUUUCAAAUUCCAUUGAGAGCAUACAUCAUUGACAGAUAAACUUGAAUUGUUGCUUCUCGUUGUGUUGUUGUCCCCCGGUGGCUAGCUAACAAAACAAAUGCCCUUUCCUAAAUUAGCCAUGGUUGGAGAUAGUGAUUUGGACUUGUGGUUGUAUUUAACCUCCGUAAUGGCCAAUGAUAAUGGCGAUUCUGAUCCAACCAUUAAUUCAUACAUUGCUGUGCCUCUUGCCUGAGGAUGGAAGUUCAAUAUGUAGCUACAGUAACGUUAGAUGUAGAAGGCUAAUGUUACCUCGAUUGGAAGUUAGGCUAGCGAACAAGCAUUUUAGCCAGGUAGCCUAGGACAACAAACAAAUAAAAGCGUGGACUGCUGAAUGACCGAGUGAUAAGACCGUGUCCUCAACAUGAAAGAGAGGAGGAUGGCAUUGGCGUUUCUCUACAAGUAGGGUGGAGCGCAGCAUAAGACCAACAGACGUCCUAAUAAUGUGCAGUCUGCUGACACUGGAUGACUGGAAACAGCAGAGAUGAAGGAGCUAUGGGUUAUAGCUGUCUUUGCUACAGUCUCUUUUCCACAGGGGAAUCUCACCAAAUCAUCUGCCAUUCCAACCACCAUUGACAUAACUACCUCAACUACUACUGCCCCUUUAACCCCUGACCCUCCAACUACUGACACUCCAAUUACUGGCUACCUAAAUACUACUGGUCUUCCAACUACUGGUUACCCUACCUCUAUCCCUGUUACCAGUAUUAGUCUCUACUCUCCCACCACAACCCCUCUGGACUGUAUCAACGGUGGUGAGCUGCAGAGUGGAGUCUGUAUCUGUCCUGAUGAGUGGACUGGAGAGACCUGUUCAGACGAGAAUUUCUGCAAUUCCACCAGCAAGGAUGGAUUCUCCUUCCCAAGAACAGUGGUUGGCUGGUCUGCUUAUUCAGAAGAGUUAUGUGAUGAGAAGACAACCAGUGCUGGUUUACCAGAAGCUUCAGCAAGAUGUUUGAAUGACACCGGCUCUCCGAUGUUUGGUCCUCCUCACAUUCUGCAGUGUGAAUUUACCCUCGGUGACAUUCAAGGAAAUAUCUCCAGCAGUUUAGGUGAUUUACUACAGUUAGCCUUCAGUACUCAGAUCCUGACCUCCCAACCAGAGCAGCUGUCAGCUGACAACAUCACCACAGCAGCUCAGAUCGCUAACACACUGCUUCUGUCUGCAAAUAUCACAGAGGACAUCGCAGUGGCAGCUGUAACCACCAUCAGUCAGCUGCUGAAUGCCAGUGAGGAGAGUACACAGGAGAGAGACGCUGUUCAGAGCCUCACAGAGACCUUGGAGAACUUUUCCCUGGACCAGCACAAUAAUGUGUCCUUGGUGGUUCAGCCCAACCUGGCAGUCCAGUCUGUCCAAGUACCAAGUGACUCAGUAGGGAUCCAGUUCACUGCUCUGACUGGAAGUUCUGGCAAUUUUGUGGCAAAUGGAAUAAAUCUCAACAUCAAUACCUCUGAACUGAUAGCUGACAAAGGAGGUUCUACCGAUGUCCAGAUUGUUAUCAAAUUCCCUCCAGUUUUGCAUAGUAAAAACACAAACCACUCCAUUGGUUUUGUACUCUACCAAAACGACCGGUUCUUCAGGUCCAGUGCUUUCAGUGCUUCUUCAGGGACCAGCAGAACGGUCAUCUCUGCUAACCUUGGACAAGUGUCUGGGUUACAUGUUGAGAUGCUCUUCAAGCCCACAACUGUCCCCAACGCCUCCCUCUAUGACUUUGCCUGCGUGUGGUGGAACUACACGUUGAAAGACUGGAGCACCUUUGGCUGCUCCAAAGUCAACCACUCAGAAGACGGCCUGCGAUGUUUCUGUAAUCACACCACUAACUUUGCUGUGCUGAUGUCGUUCAGGAAGGAUUUUAAAUACGCUGAAGCGCUAAACUGGAUCACCAUAUUGGGAUGCUCCAUGUCCAUCAUAGGGUUGAGUUUAACAAUAACAUUCCAGAUCUCAACCAGGAAAUCACGCAAAACCAACCCAACGGUCCUCUUAGUGAGUGUCUGCGUGUGUCUCCUGAUCUUCACCCUCCUCUUCAUGUUGGGAGUGGACAACCCUCAUAAACAGCUGGACAAACCUGAAAUACUCGAGGACAACGUUCUCCCCCCGUCCGACACACACACAGAGCAGGACAGGGGGCCCUGUACUGCAGUGGCAGUCCUGCUGCAGUACUUCCUGUUGGGGACGUUCACCUGGAACACGAUGUACGCCACAAAUGUCUUCCUGAUGAUCAGAAACAGCCUGGCCACCAGCCCGUCACACUUCACAGCCUAUACCAUGGCCAUCGGAUGGGGACUGCCUGCGGUUGUGGUGGCCCUCACCUUAGGAAUUACUUACAGAGUGGAUGAUCCACUGGGUUACAGGCAGGAGGAAUUUUGCUGGCUUGCUGCCCUCGAUCCAAAGGGGAACUUUGACUUCAAGCUGCCAAUGUUUUGGGGGUUCCUGAUACCUGUGGCAUUCAUGCUUAUGUUCAACACAGUGAUGUUGGUAUAUUUUGCAGUUACAACGUGCAAGACCAACCCACAUUUAACUAGUACAAGACACACAUCGAUGAAGAAGAAGUUCCUCAGUAGCUUCUCUCUGGCUGUGGUGCUCGGUCUCUCCUGGAUCCUGGGCUAUCUGUUGCUCAUUCCACAGAACCAGACCAUGUACACCAUACUCAACAUCUCCUUCUGUGUACUCACCACCACUCAGGGCUUGCAGAUUUUCAUUCUGUUCACAGCAAGAACAGCAAUUGUCAAGAAAAAGAUGUCAAGUACUUUGAAUUCUGUCUCUAGUGCUGGGAUCCCUCUUCACACUAGGAAGUUCAGUCUAUGGCGAGGCGAGCACAGUGAUAAAGUAGAAUCAUACACACAGCAGGACACUGUGUUAUUUCCAACUUGUUCCUCACAGACAUCUAACUGAUGGGCUGCAAGUUCUAACCUAGUUUGUAAAACUUCUCCUCUUGUACUAUAAUAUACAAUAUACUGCACACAAUUUUGUAUCCACGUAGAGUAUAUUUACUGUGAAGACUAGUCCCUCAGAAGUUGUUGUCCAAUGAUUUUUUUUUGAAUAAAAGUGUUUAAUAAUUAUGUGAUUGUCUUUUAAGCUAAUGUUUGUUUAAGUUUUCUUAUAGUGAGAAAAACCACUAUUUUACACAAUCUCAGAAAAUAGCUUAAGACAGUGUAGCCCAGGGGUGUCAAACAAAUUUUCCCCUCGGGCCACAUUUGGUCAUUAGCGAGGUCAGAUGGGACGCACUUAAAAUUGAUUAAGAAGCUUCUGCUCCAACUGCCUGUACAGCACAAGCUGCAGCUGCCAGUUACAGUUAUGAUAGCAUGAGGAAGAAAACAGGCAUGUCAUAACCAUGACAAAAACAGGGCAUCUGGAUAUUCUGGGGCAGUUUGAGAGCGAGGGCACUCACCUGGCAAGACAUCUGCGUCAUGGAAGGGCAGCGGAUUAAGCUUCUGCAUUGUUUACAGAGCAAUGUUUUUUUCCACAUCAACAAACCUUCACACGUGGGGAUUGGCAGUGUCAAGACAUGGACCUCUUUGGGUAUAGCGAGCACCAUCUCUCACUCACUCACUCACUCACUCACUCACUCACACUCUCACACACAACCCCUUCCACAUCAAAGAGCUUGAGAACUGAACAAUGUCCAUGUUUUGGAGAAUGUGUACACGGUCUGGGAAUCCAGCUACGAACUGGUCCAUUUUGUGAAACUCAUGAGAGACAAUACAGCGACAUUACCAUAACUCUGAUUAUACAAGAGUCUCCGUUGUGAGUCUUGCAUCUGAUUGUUGUAUAAAAUGAAUGAGGAAAGAUUAAACUAUUUGUGAAAUUAUGUAAUGUGAUUUUAAACUGUUUAAUGAAAGAGAAUCAAAUUCCCUUUUUAAAGUUGAACUAAAUCAUUGGCCUGCACCAUGAGCACAGACAUUGAACUGGCGCCAUGGGACAGCCCCUUUCUGCUGUUACGAAUAUAACCCCCACCUGGAGGAAUUCCCUUCAGACCAGCUUACCACGAUUACCACGAGAGGGCUAAGGUUUGAGACCAGACCAGUACCCCAUCACAGAGGGAAACAUUUCUGAAUGGGACUCUGAACUAUCCAUUCUAACCACGGAAGAGAGAGAGUGAGGACAAACUCUCCAACAGAAACAAACUUUCCAACAGAGAUCACAACGACACACUGAGCGUAAAUAUAUAUAUUGAUUGCAAUUAUUCCCGAAUGAGUGAGCAUUCAUGUUCAAAGGAUUCGCAUUUCAAUUGUUAGAAUUAUCAACUGUGUAGUGUCUUUUGAAUUUCGCGCCCUUCUUAGUCCCUUUGUCUACCAAACCACCAUACCGGUUUAGCCCACUAGGGCACAUCCCCUAUAGUUUCCUUGUAACCACAUCUACUUUGUUU